UUUUUUAAAAGCAGAACCUUUUACAUGUUUUAAUACCAGUCCGGACUGUUUUCGGGGCGUACCCGUGCGCCGUGUUUUCAAGUUCGCAAGAAACAAGCUACGACAAGAUGGCGCUGCGAGCCUGUGGCUUCAUUGUCUUUCGACGUCUUGCUAGUUGUCCUCCUCCACCAGACAACAUUCAGUACCUCCUCUUGCAGACCUCAUAUGGACAGCACCACUGGACCCCACCAAAAGGCCAUGUGGACCCAGGUGAGGAUGACCUCACCACCGCUCUUAGAGAAACCAAGGAAGAGGCGGGCUUUAGCGCAGAGGACCUUCAAGUCAUGGAGGGCUUCCUGAAGGAGCUGCACUACGAGGUAAGAGGCCGACCCAAGGAGGUGCUUUACUGGCUUGCCGAGCUCCGGGACCCGGGGACGGAGGUCACUUUAUCCAAUGAGCACCAGAGCUACCGCUGGGUCCGGUUGGACGACGCCUGUACUCUAGCCCAGCACAAAGACAUGCAGGACACCCUGAGAGCAGCUCACAGAUACUUAGAAGCUCAGCAGUGACACUAGCAGUUCUACAGUCGCAACGUCAAGUAACUUCACUCAACAGUCCUUCGUCCAGUGGGAUUGGCAAAUACAAUGUGCUCUCACUUUCCAAUGGAGUCGAGUCCCCUUCCCAUGGCAAAUUUGUACAUGAGUCGAAAUGUAAUAUCAAUAGCCUCUCUAACUAAGAGUUUAAGACAAUGAAAGUGAUUUAAAAAACAUUUAUAGGCCAUAGAAAAUCAAAUAAACAAUUGCUAAGAUCA